CCUAUAAGUUGUUUGCAAGCCAUCAUUACAGAAAAGACGAAGAAGAUAGCUCAAAAACCGGAAGCUGCUCACUGCGCAUGUGUCGUUUCUACAGAUUACUAAACAAUGGAGAAGGUUGAAGAAAAACAAGGAGGAACGAAUGGAGAGGAGGGAGCAACACCAGGAGGAGGAGGAGGAGGAAGAGAGCUGGGACUGAAGUCAGGGAUGAAGAGAAGGCAUGAAGAAAGGGAGGAUGAGGAGGAGACUUCUCCCACUAAGAAGCUGGUGGCUGAUCACAGCAAGAAUGUUGCGAGUCACUACAACACUCUGCAGGAAGUCGGACUGGCGGCUCGAAGUCAAAGCAGGAUCUUCUACAUGAGGAACUUUAACAACUGGCUGAAGAGCGUUCUGAUUGGUGAGAUCCUGGAACAGGCACGAGGUACAGGGAGCAGGCCUGUGUAUGUGUUGGACCUUGGCUGUGGUAAAGGAGGAGACUUGUUGAAGUGGAGAAGAGGAGGCAUCAGUCACCUCGUCUGUGCAGAUAUAGCAGAAGUGUCCGUGGAACAGUGCCAGUCUCGAUACGAAGACAUGAAAAGGAAAAGUCAUGCUAAGGAGAAAAUCUUCAGCGCUCAGUUUAUCGCCGCAGAUUGUUCAAAGGAGGUUCUGUCAGAGAAGCUGGAUGACCCCGAGCUGAUGUUUGACAUCUGCAGCUCUCAGUUUGUGUAUCAUUACUCGUUUGAGAGCGAGCAGAAGGCGGACAUGAUGCUGAGAAACGCCUGCGAGCGACUCAAACCUGGAGGCUUCUUCAUUGGAACGACGCCGGAUGCCUACGAGCUUGUUAAACGUCUGGAGGCGUCGGACUCCCUGUGUUUUGGUAACGAGAUUUUUAAGGUUUCCUUUCAAUCCAAAGGUUCCUAUCCUCUGUUUGGGUGUCAGUAUCACUUCAACCUUGAGGGCGUGGUUGAUGUCCCCGAGUUUCUUGUCUACUUUCCUCUGUUUGAACACAUGGCAAAGCGGUACAACAUGCGUCUGGUCCUGAAGCAGAGGUUCUCUGAGUUCUUUGAGGAAAAGAUGAAAAAGGAACAACAUCGCAGCCUCAUGAUGAAGAUGAUGGCUCUGGAGCCUUUUCCCUGCGAGGAUGGAGGUCAACUGGCCACAGACAGCACAGAGGAGUACUCUCAUGCUAAAGAGCGUUGUGGUAGACCUGGAGUUAGACCACCUGUGGGAACCCUGAGCAAAUCUGAGUGGGAUGCAACCAGUAUCUACUUGGUGUUUGUGUUUCAGAAAAUGUCCUGAUAUUCCCGAAGAAUCUCCGUCCGACGCUUACCUCACCUGUUCCUCAGUUUGUGUCUGUACAGUUUGUUUUUCUGUUGUCCUUUUUAAAGAUUUGUUUUGAUAUAAUGUGAACUUGUUAAAAAAAAAUGAAUUCAAACUGAAAAUAAAAUCAGUUGCUCUCUGCUA